ACCGGUUUGGGCCGUCCCGCUUGCUACUCCGGAGGAGCUGCUGCCGGUGGCGGCUGUGUCCGGGAGGGCACGGACCGCCUGGGCGCCGUCGGGGCCGCACUGCAGUGAUGGGGAAGGAUUCGCAGCAUUACUACGGGAAGCAUGGGACGCCUCAGAAAUACGACCCCACCUUCAAAGGACCCAUUUACAACAGGGGCUGCACAGAUGUCAUUUGCUGUGUGUUGCUCUUCCUGGCCAUCGUGGGCUAUGUGGCAGUGGGCAUCAUAGCCUGGACCCAUGGAGACCCUCGGAAGGUGAUCUACCCUACUGAUAGCCGGGGCGAGUUCUGUGGGCAGAAGGGAACAAAAAAUGCGAACAAGCCCUUCUUGUUUUACUUCAACAUCGUCAAGUGUGCCAGCCCCCUGGUCCUGCUGGAGUUUCAGUGUCCCACCCCUCAGAUCUGUGUAAAGCAGUGUCCGGACCGCUAUCUCACCUUUCUGAAAGCACGCACCUCCCCAGACUUUGACUAUUACAAGCAGUUCUGUGUGCCUGGCUUCCAGAACAAUAAAGGGCUGGCUGAGGUGCUCCGCGAUGGGGACUGUCCAGCGGUUAUCACCCCCAGCAAACCUUUGGCCCAGCGGUGCUUCCCGGCCAUCCAUGCCAACAAAGGGGUCCUCAUGGUGGGCAAUGAGACAACCUAUGAGGACGGAAAUGGCACCAGGAAGAAUAUCACGGAGCUAGUGGAGGGUGCCAAGAAGGCCAACAUGGUUCUGGAGGCCCGGCAGCUGGCCAUGCAGAUAUUUGAAGAUUACACUGUAUCCUGGUACUGGAUUGUAAUAGGUUUGGUCAUUGCCAUGGUGCUGAGUCUCCUGUUCAUCAUCCUGCUACGGUUCCUGGCAGGCAUUAUGGUCUGGGUGAUGAUUGUCAUGGUGAUCCUGGUACUUGGCUAUGGAAUAUUUCACUGCUAUAUGGAGUACUCAAGACUGAGGGGAGAGGCGGGCUCGGACAUCUCCUUGGUGGACCUUGGCUUCCAGACGGACCUCCGAGUGUACCUGCACUUGCGGCAGACCUGGAUGGCCUUCAUGAUCAUUUUAAGCAUCCUGGAGGUGAUUAUCAUCCUGUUACUCAUCUUUCUUCGCAAGAGGAUAUUGAUCGCCAUAGCCCUCAUCAAAGAAGCCAGCAGGGCUGUGGGACAUGUCAUGUGCUCCAUGCUCUACCCACUGGUGACUUUCUUCCUCUUGUGUCUCUGCAUUGCCUACUGGGCCAGCACCGCUGUCUUCCUGUCUACCUCUAACGUCGCUGUGUACAAGAUUUUCGAUGACACAUCCUGCCCACUUUUGGGGCAAACCUGCAACCCAGAGACCUUCCCCUCAGCGAAUGAAAGCCGCCAGUGUCCCAGUGGCCACUGCCAGUUUGCCUUCUACGGUGGCGAGUCUGCCUACCACCGUGCCCUGCUGGGCCUGCAGUUCUUCAAUGCAUUCAUGUUCUUCUGGCUGGCCAACUUCGUGCUGGCGCUGGGCCAGGUGACCUUGGCCGGAGCCUUUGCCUCCUAUUACUGGGCUCUGCGUAAGCCUGAGGACAUGCCUGCCUUUCCCCUCUUCUCUGCUUUUGGCAGAGCACUCAGGUACCACACAGGCUCCCUGGCCUUUGGCUCGCUUAUCCUGGCCGUCGUGCAGAUCAUCCGAGUGACGCUGGAGUACCUGGACCAGCGCCUGAAAGCUGCACAGAACAAGUUUGCCAGGUUCGUCAUGGUCUGUCUCAAGUGCUGCUUCUGGUGCCUAGAGAAGUUUAUCAAGUUCCUGAAUAGGAAUGCAUAUAUCAUGAUUGCUAUCUACGGCACCAACUUCUGCACCUCAGCCAGAAACGCCUUCUUUCUGCUUAUGAGAAAUAUCAUCAGGGUGGCCGUCCUGGACAAAGUUACUGACUUCCUCUUCCUGUUGGGCAAACUUCUGAUUGUGGGUAGUGUGGGCAUCCUAGCCUUCUUCUUCUUCACCCAUCGGAUCAGAAUCGUGCAAGAUACAGCCCCGCCUCUCAAUUAUUACUGGGUCCCGAUACUGACAGUGAUCAUUGGCUCCUAUAUGAUUGCACAUGGCUUCUUCAGCGUCUACGGCAUGUGUGUGGACACAUUGUUCCUCUGUUUCUGUGAGGACCUUGAGAGGAAUGACGGCUCUCAGGAGCGACCCUACUUCAUGUCGCCCGAGAUGAGAGACAUCCUUUUGAAGGGGAGUCCGCAGGAGGGCAAGCAGGAGGAAGUUGAGGAGGAAUAGAGAGUGAGGGAGACUGGCGAGCGGGCCAGGGGGCCUCUGGAGACCGGUGGAGGAUCUGGAGAGAAAUGACGGUUCAGCUGAGAGGCCUUACUUCAUGUCUUCCACCCUCAAGAAACUGUUGAAUAAAACCAACAAGAAGGUAGCAGAAUCCUAAAGACAUCUGCCUCCUGGCCCUCUCAGGAAGCUGUGAUCCGGUGCUUGGGUCAGAUUCCCCAGCUCAUCGGGCUUUCCUAAAGUCACAUCACUGCCUCUCUGCUACCCUCCCUGAAUGCCCAUUUCCAGGGACCUAGAGGAUUUGGGGCACUCUUUCCUACGCCCGAAGGCAGUGGAGCCCUGGGAGACGGGACAGUAUGGGUGCCUCCAGUUCUCACUGGUUCAGAUGGUGCCAAUACGGUGAAGUGACUUGAAGUCGAGGGCAGGAGCUGGCCUGAGGAUGUCUGCAGCAAGCUUCUUUGUACUUCCUGUGCCCCUUCCAGCCGAGAGGGGAAAGACUGGAUGAAAGCCCCUGUUAGGUGGGCUCAAUGAACCCCAGAUCCUAGCUUCAGCUUCUCCUACCUGCUCCCUGCUGGGACAGAAUUGGAUCUCCAUGACUGAUUCAGCCCAAGGGCUGACAAAUGCAUUUCUCAUUCUUACCACGUUUUAAUCUAGACAUACAGUAAGGGGUCUAUCUGCUUUUACUCCACCAGGCUCCACAGCUGGAUGGAGCCACCGAGUGCCUUCAUUUGUAACCCCACUUCUAGCCUGGAGGUGGCUGGGGUCACAGGAAGGAAGAGUGUGCACCCAGAACUGAAGGACUCUUCCUGAUAAAGAGACAGUGUGGGGGAAGGGGGGCUGAUGCAAGGAGCAAGAGUGGUGGUUGGAGGGGGGGCCUCUGUUAGAGCCUCCAGAGUGGAAAACUUGAGGUUCAGCCUGCAGAUGAAUGAGGACAGGGCUGCUGCCCCACCCCUUUCUCUGCCAGGAAACCACACUGCUGUCUUUGUAAGAGGAAAGAAACUUGAGUUCACCCAAGGGAUGGUUUCCGGGGAUGAGGUGGGUGUUCUUUCACCUGACACUAGAAUCUUCUUGCCAAACUUCUCGAACUUGGGGGCCAGUUGACUGACCUUUGUCUUUGCCCAGACCCUCCCUCACCCCUCUUUGCCUAUCAGUAAGAUACCAGGAUGGUGGAAGCAGCCUGGGUCCCUCAGUUUCCUGUGCCUGCCUGUGUGCCAUCACUGGCCCUUCCUCCUGUACACCCAGCCCUGUGCUUACGUAAUUGCAUUCCAACCAUUAAAUAAAGUGCCUCUUGUACG